AUGAGCAACAAUAACAGCACUUCGUUAAAGUUAAUCUACCGAGCCGGGGACUCGAAACCUCUGCGCGUGUACAUCGCCGCGGAAGUCGAUGGAAACAAAACAGCAAUCGAGUUCGACCCGUGGAAAGCCGCCAGUUGUUCGGACCACUCUUCUUCUUCUUCUUCUUCGAAUAAAAACAACAAGAACAAGAAUACGGGAGCGGUGUUGCAAAAGACCACCAGCGCAUCCGCGACGUUAUUUAUCGCUCUCUGUUCUUCAUCCGGAGAGGUUGUAAAAGGCACGUCCAUGAACAGCGCGUUGCUGUGUGUUCGAGACGGUGAUGAUGCUUCUUUCAUCAACUUUAGAGACUUGGACGAACGCGAGCUCGGUUUGACUGUGGGUACGUGCUGCGCGGAAAAGAGUUUAAAUACACUGAUACAGUACAUAUCAAAGAACGAGAAAAAAUUGAAAGAUACCGUCCCGGGUAUUUUCUCUUCGCCCGCGUCGACUCAACCGACCAAUAGUGAAAUAGCGUUCUUCUCGAGCGUGUAUCCAGUCUUCGCAAACGGCGCGGAGAUGUUUGGAAAGACUUCUUCGGACGCGUCCUUAACGAAACAGUUUAAAAGCAUCGAGACUUGGUUCAACGCCUUUUUGAAAAGCUCUUCUGUGCAAAACGCGAUGGAAAAAGCGAAGACGACUCCAUCGUCCGCGUUUCUGUUCGCCGCGCAAGAGGCGCAAAACGUCUCAGAUUUGAAAAACGCGUAUAAUCCUCCCGUGGAUCCAUCAAAAGAUGCGUUUUCGCUCACGACGGCAAUCAAUUACGCGAAUGGCGCCCCGCACAUGGGACACGCGUAUGAAGGUUUAAGUGCGGAUGUCAUCGCGAGAUACCACCGCGCGUACGGUCGACCGACGUUGUUCCAAACUGGUGCGGAUGAGCACGGGCAAAAGAUUUCCGACGCCGCGGCUGCCGUUGAGUGCAAACCGAUUGAAUUGUGCGAUAAACACGUGAAAAUGUUUCAAGAUUUAAACAAAACGUUACGAAUUGAAAACGAUGUCUACAACAGAACAACCUCAGAGAAGCACAAACAGUGCUGUCGAGAACUCUUUGAGAGAAGCGAAAAGAAUGGCGAUAUUUAUUUAGACACGUACUCGGGGUGGUACAACGUUCGCGAAGAAACGUUCGUGACUGAAACCGAAGCGAAAGAAAUGGAUUACAAAGACCCAGUUUCGGGCAAACCUUUGAAGCAAAUGGAAGAGGACUCGUUCUUUUUUCGCCAAUCGAAAUAUCAAGCGCGAUUGAUUGAACACAUUGAAAACCACCCAGAGUUUAUUCAGCCUGAAGGACGCAAAGGAGAAAUUUUAUACCGAUUGAAAAACGACGAGUUGAGAGAUCUGAGCGUCUCGCGAACGACGUUCGAUUGGGGGAUUCCCGUGCCUGGAAAUAGCAAACACGUCUUGUACGUUUGGUUCGAUGCUUUGACAAACUAUUUGACCGGUUGUGAUUUUCCGAACGGAGAAAACUACUCGAAGUUUUGGCCGGCGAAUGUACACAUCAUCGGGAAAGAUAUCAUCUGGUUCCACUGCGUCAUUUGGCCGUGCAUGUUGAUGAGUUGCAACAUCGCCUUGCCGAAAGCUGUGUUCGCGCACGGCUUUGUCACCGCAGCGGAUGGACAGAAAAUGUCCAAAUCUAUCGGGAACGUCGUUGAUCCGUUGGAUGUUUUGAAAAGGUGUUCUCCGGAUACGUUUCGAUACGCACUCAUGCGAAACGGCAUUUACGGGUCCGAUAUUCCAUUUAGCGAAGAAUCUAUGACCUUGAUUCACAACGCGGAUUUAGCGGAUACGCUCGGAAAUUUAGUUCACAGAGCGACGCAUUUGUGCUCGAAGAAUUGCGAAGGUCGUGUCCCAGAUGUUCCAAUCUUUGAAAAAGUAAUCGACGUCGGCCUGUUGAGAUUGAAAACGGAGCGCGCGAUGGAAUCGUUCCAGUUACAACAAGCCUGCGAAUUAGCCAUCAACUCGGCGAAAGCUGCAAAUAAAUACAUCACCGAUGCAGAACCGUGGAAAUUAAAAGGCGAGGAAACGAAACAUCGCAGAGACGUGAUCAUUCGCACGACUUUAGAGGCUGUGUACAUCACAGCGUUGUUUUUACAACCGUACAUACCGACCGCGUGUGAAGACAUAUUUAAGAAACUCGGGAUGGACGCCUCGAAGGUCCACAAACUCUGGGAGCUCAAACCAUUCGGCGAGAAUGUGAAACCUGGGACCCAAGUCGCCGUCGGCGAAGUGCUCUUUCAAAAACACGAGAUUGACACCGCAGAACUCUUCAAGAAGGCACAAUCGAGCAAGGAAGAAAAAGCCGCCAAAUUGGCGAAGAAGAAGAAAGGCGAGGAGAAUACGAAAAUUGACGUCACGCGAUUAGAUUUAGUCGUUGGUGAAAUCACGAAAGUUUGGAAUCACCCUGACGCGGAUACGCUUUACGUGGAAAACAUCAACAUCAACGGCGACAAACCCUUGCAAGUCUGUUCGGGAUUGGUAAAACACAUUCCGAUUGAUAAAAUGCUCAACGCUCGUGUCGUUCUCGUCGCGAACAUGAAACCAACGAAAAUGCGCGGUGUAGAGUCGGAAGCCAUGGUUUUAUGCGCCACCGAUCCGAACGAUAGCAACAAAGUUGAAAUUGUCACCCCGCCGAAAGGCGCUGCCAUCGGUGAACGCGUUACUUUCGACGGCUACGAAAACGACCCAGACGAGAAGUUAAACCCGAAGAAGAAGGUGUUCGAAGCUGUGCAACCGGAUUUUCUGGUGAAUAAAGAUGGAAUUGCCACGUAUAAGAACGUUCCGUUCCAAACGACCGCUGGUCCGUGUUCGGUAGAGUCCAUCAGAGAAGGCGGCUCGAUUAGGUGA